AGGGAAAUAGCCGCCCCAGCUGGACAGCCAGACGGAGCAGGGGGGUGGAGAUCGGCCGACGCGUGGAUUACGCCGGGCAAAUCCUUUUACUGCGACUCAUCACAUGUUCCAUUUAAGUGGCUUGUUGCCUGCAAACCACUUCGCGAAGCAAUUAGUACAAGGGAAGCCGGAGGAAUCACCUGCUUAGGGCAGGGAGAGGCAAAUUGAGAACCGGUCCGGGAUCCCUACCCGACAGCCCCUCCCGGGUCCCGAAGGGGCGGAGCUGCUGGCUCAGGUAUCUGCCAGGAACGGAUCCAGAGCAAGAAACUGGUGGAAUAUGAAGAAGAGACAUACAGUCUGAGCUGAUGAGAAUGGAGAAUUUAACUGAACUCUUUGAAGAUUUUACAGCUGGAAAUAAUUUUAUCAGAUUUUGAUAACCUGUUCUAGAACACACAUACCCCUUUUCUGGUGCCCAGUUGCUACCAGGAAUGGGAAGAGUUAGAAUAAAAGAAUAUUAGGUUUAGAUUCCCUGAAACACAAGUUAAAUUACAGAUUCCCCCCCCCCCCAACUCAUAUGCUAGAUUAAAUGCAUGUAUCAUGCUGGAUAGCCAGUGCCUACAGAGAAAUCUAGAAUGGAGUUCUUGAUUCAUCAGCUGUUUGGGAUUCAGAUUUACUAUAGCUGGCUCAAAUGAAUUUUGAGUCUGAUUGUACUGUGGUUAAUAUUUUGCAACAGAUAUUUUGAGAUCCUAGUAGUUUCUGGAUUUCAUAAGGUCUUGGACUAGACCAGCGCCUAAGUGGACCAAACUAUUGAAGAAGAAAAAUACAGUGGUUGAAAAUGAUCCAGAAACAAGCUAGUGAAUGAACUCAGCCAAGUCCUUAAGUGCUUGGACACCAAAAGGAAAAUGAUUAGAUGAUCACAAGAAAACUAGGUUUAGCUCUCUAGAGCAUCUAAUAUAGAGGGGCUGAUGAAACGGAUAAACUUCACUAUUCUGAUCAGGCUGUUGAAUACGGAAAAACUCCUUUAGGUUGUAGAGAUUCUGGAUCUCACAAUAAUUGGUGGCCACCUACAACUUCAUGGGGGAUCAGAAAUCUGAGGAGAGCUGAGAAGACAGGAUUUCCUCCCCCACUCCCCUCAAAUUCAUGGAUAGCCCUAACAAUUUCUGCCGCCUCUGUGGCACAGUCUUGCGUGGAAACCAUCGGCGAUGGCUGUUUGGCCGCAGCGGAGGCAGUUCCCGUCCCGACCUGUUGGUGGUGCUGUCGUACGUGCUCAGCCGAGAGCUGCCCCUCCGUGGUGAUGGCCAUGGGGAGUUCUUGUGUGGGAAAUGUGCACAGGCCUUGAGCCGGGUGUACCGCUUCGACACUGUCAUUGCCCGGGUGCAAGCCCUCUCCAUUGACCGCCUCCAGCGCCUUCUCUCGGAAAAAGACCAGCUGGCCCGCUCCCUGCGCUACAUUCAUGCCCGGCGGUUCCCAGAUGACAAUGACUACUCCGUGUCCUAUGAAGGUCAAGAGAUCUCGGCCAGCAUCGCUGAUCUGCCACAUGUGCGUUACCAGCGGCUACUUCAGGACGACAUGGCUCUCUCCGAAUACGAGUGCUGGGCGAACGAUAAUGACAGCAGCCGGCCAGGCACGCCAUGCCGGAACCGCCAGUGCCGUAGCUGCCAUGGGCUCCGGGUGGAGGACGCCGAUUAUGAGUGGGUGUGCCACACCCCAAGGAAACUGGGGAUGUUGUCUCCGAUCUUCCCCCUCUGCCGGGACAAGUCUCGGAGCAUGCCCACUGUCCACCAUGCUGGCUCCCAGAUGUCCCUCCGGUCCCAGAGCCUGGGCGACGCCGAGUCGUGUUCAAUGCUGUCGUUGGACACUUUGCCAGAACUGGAUUCCACCUGGGAAGCUCUGAGGGCGCUGAGGGGCAUUGGAAGGAAGCGGUUGAGAGUGCCAGAGGGCAGCAAGAUUCCAGUGCUGGCGGGGAAGAGGCACAUGUCCACACCCCGCAGGGAAAGCCCACUGGGAGAGGAGGUGUAUGAAGACAUGGCGGAUGAGUUUAUGCCACUGGAGUUAAAGCUCCAAGCUCAGCAGAUACAGCACCAGGACCUCCAAGGGGCCUUUAAGAACCUGAAGGAACGUCUGGAGGCAGCCGAGGAGGAGCUCAGGAACUUCCAGGGGAAGCAGGGAGAGGCCUCAAGUCAGGAGGCUGGAAUUCCACUGGAGAAGGCGGUGAGCAGCAGCCAAGAGCGGCUGAUUCGGCAGCUGACAAGGUGUUUGCAGAGCAAGGAGGGGGUGUUGCAGGACUGUCUGGUCAUGUUGCAGUCCCUUGGAGCUCCAGGGGUGAAGCCCUCUGGGUUGGAAGCCAUGAUAAAGCAAAUGGCCCAGCGCCUGAAGAAGAGAGACCAAAUUUUAGAGAAGACCCUGUCCAGCCAUUUUUUGGUACUGGAAUCUCUGCACAGAGAACUGAGGCACCUUCAGGAGGCGCUGAAGGAUAAAGACACUGACUUGGCAAGACUAAACACUGCACUCCGCACGGGCGAGGAGACCCUGCAUGCUUUGCGUGAGGUGCUACACCAGAAUGAUCAGGAGAUCCAGCGUCUGGAAUCCCUCUAUGCCUCCACUCGUGACUCCUGGCAACAGCACGACCAGACUCUCCUCCUGGCUCUGACAGACAAGGACGCCUUAAUCAAAGCCCUGCAGGAGGCACUGACCAGCAGCACCAAGGAUGUGGAGGCCCUUGCAAAUUCUCUCAGCAGCCCAGACUUUGCUCCAGGGCUGCUUCAGCGCAUCCAGGAGAAAGAAGACUUGCUGAUCCAGGCCUUGGCUGAGCAGGAGCGGAUCAGAGCCCUGUGGCAGCAACGCUUGCAGGUGAUGGAGGACGCGGCUGCUGCCAGGGAACAGGAGCUGCAGGAGCAGCUGCGUCGGCAUUCCCAAGAUGCCCUGCAACGGGCACAGGAAAUGGGAAUGUUGCGCAGGUGCCUGGCUCAAGCAGAGACAGAAUUGGCCCAGGGGGCUCUGGCACUGGAGGAGUGUCGCUCAGAACUGGCCCAGCUUCGGGAGGCGGAAGAUGAAAAGGACCAGGCCUUGGAGAAGGUUCUGCAGGAGGUGGAAGAGAAGGACCGGAUUCUGCAGAAGUUGCAGGAGCGCUGGCUGAAGAGGACGAAGCCAAUGCUGAGUGGCAAAGUUUCAGGUCAGCCUCUCCUGCCUCUCACCUGACCCCAGGAGUUCCAAAAGUCAAAUGAUGCUGUAGAGAAUGAACUGGAACUCUAUCCACAGAGGCAUUGCAGAAGACCAGAAGAGGCGGUUGGUUGUGUCAGAUGUGGGUAGGGCAGGGUAAGCUGCUGGCUAGGCUACUUCUGGUGUGGGGAGCUACCCUAAAGUAUCAAUGCUGCUUGAUGAUGGUUGUGUAUCCAGUGGGGAGUGGGACACUACAGGCUUUUGCAGGGGCUGCUGGAGAACCAGUUGCAGAGGGCAAAAGCUAUCUCCUUUCCUGAAAUAAAGUGUUCUACCACAGUA